GAAUUAAAUAAAAAUCACGAUAGUUUAUUGUGUUGAAAAUAUGAAAAUACUCUUAAUUCAAAAUUUGGAACAUUUAUAAACAAACACAAGAGGCAAACAAUUACGAUACACAUGGAUUUUGGUUUAAAUCAUAAUAUCAAGAAAUGUGGUCGUUAGUUCUGUUCCUCGUUCUUGGACUGUUUGGGUCUAAAAUUUCUGUCGAAGCUGCUAAUUGUACAAUUCAAGCAAAAGGAAAUUCGAAAUUUCCAAAUGAUUUUACUUUUGGUGUUGCAACAUCAGCUUAUCAAAUAGAAGGUGGUUGGAAUGCAGAUGGCAAAGGAUUAUCAAUUUGGGAUGAAUACACACACAAUUAUCCUGAUAGAAUCAAGGAUCGAUCCAAUGGUGAUUCAUCUGCAGAAUCAUAUCGACUUUUUGAUUUGGAUUUAAAAGCAUUAAAGGAUCUUGGGGUAAACCAAUAUCGUUUUUCUAUCGCUUGGACUCGAAUCUUUCCAAUUGGCCAUGUUCAUUUGAAAAAUCAAAAAGGAAUCGAUUACUACAAUAGUGUUAUCGAUAAACUUCUGGCAAAUGGCAUUGAACCAAUUGUUACUAUGUAUCACUGGGAUAUGCCAGUUGAUUUACAAAAGUUUGGUGGUUUUUCUAAUUCUCAAAUAGUUGAACAUUUUUCGAACUACGCGGAGGAACUAUUCAAAUUAUUCGGAGAUAGGGUUAAAAUAUGGAUAACAUUAAAUGAACCACAUAAAAUUUGUAAAGAAGGUUAUGGACUUGCCGAGUCACCACCUUUAAUAGCGGCUUCUGGAGUUGGCGACUAUAUUUGCUAUACAAAUUUGCUUAAGGCACAUGGUGCAACUUAUCGUUUGUAUAAAGAGAAAUUUGCUAAAGAACAAAAAGGAAAAGUAGGUAUUUCUUUGGAUUGUAGAUUUUACUUUUCGAAAACAAAUAAUACAGAUGAUAUCGAUCGUGCAAUGCAAUAUACUUUGGGACUUUUAGCACAUCCAAUAUUUAGUAAAACUGGUGAUUUUCCUGCGAUAGUUUUGAAAGAAAUCGAAAAGAGCAGUUUAGAAAUAGAAGGAAGAAAAAAAUCUCGACUUCCAAGUCUUGGUGAAUAUUGGACUAACAUUAUUAAAGGCUCUGCUGAUUUUAUGGGUGUUAACUAUUACACCUCGAGAUAUGUAACACCUUCCACUGAACCUUUAGGUGAAAAUCCAUCAAUGGAAAGAGAUCAAAAUUAUCAGCUUGAUGUUGAUCCAAAUUGGCCAAGAGCAAAUGCAGACUGGAUGUAUUGUGUUCCGGAAGGAUUGGAAAAUCUUUUGAAAUAUAUUCGGGAUGAGUAUGACAAUGUUGAGGUUAAGAUCACAGAGAAUGGAUGGCCAGACUCUGGUGAAAUAAAUGAUGAUGAACGUAUUAAUUACUUUAAGAGUCACAUUCAAGCUGUUUUGAACGCUGUCAAUGAUGGAUGCAAUACUACGGCAUACUCUGCUUGGAGCUUGAUUGAUAAUUUUGAAUGGAAUCAAGGAUAUACAAUGAAAUUUGGUUUAUUUUCUGUUGAUAUGAGAAGUGCAAAGAAAGAACGCACACCCAAGAAAUCGGCACUUUUGUACAAAAAGAUCAUUGAAACAAAAUCAGUUCCUGAUAGUGUUUGAUUAUUUGUAUUAAAGAAUAAAGUAUUUAUAGAAAAUUGA